CCCCCUUCGGAGCUAACCCACCCCUGUUGUCACCAUGCAGAACGAGGCCGGAUCGAACGUUGACCUUUACAUCCCCAGGAAGUGCUCCUGGACCAACCGCCUCUUGCAGGCCAAGGACCACUCCUCCACCCAGAUCAACGUGGGCAAGUUGGACCCCGUUUCGGGAACCUUCACCGGAGAGUCGGACGUGUACGCGCUGGCUGGUUACUUGCGCGGCAGGGGUGAGGCCGACGAGGCGCUGACGUGCCUUGUCAACAAGAAGGACGAGUCGGAGCUCUGAGAUGCGCAAGGGUGGCGCGCUUGGGGCGGGGGUGGGAGAGGACGCGGAGCGGUCAUACCGCGACGCGUUUUUCUCUUAUGCAUUUCGGAUGACAAUCCACCAUCGCCGAACGACGGCUGUACCUUGGUAGUGCAAGCGAAGCUUUUCGGUUCAUUCAAGCGUUGGUGAAAAAGAAAAAGAAAACUGCUGGAUCCCUUGAUGGAGGUAAUCCGAGGCCCCCUGUCCGCCAAUGUCUCGCUUUUGAUGUUCUCCUGUGUUUCAGUCGUCUACCCCUUGGGUGAGCUUGUUGGGUGGAAUUUCUGGUGUUGUGUUGUCCGCCGAUGUUUUCGUCGGCAUUGGGCCUGACAUAUCUAGAUCCUGCGGGCUUGCUAGUGUGGCGAAACAUGGUGCCCGCACCGGCGCCCCGGGCAUUUAGAAAAGUAGUGAGGUCCAU